CUUGACCGCGGAGCAAAACCCCGAUACCAAGCAACCAUGGCACGUAAUGAGGAGAAAGCGAACUCGAUGAUGAAUCGAUGGACGUCCAUGAAGGCAGAUUUGUCCAAAUCUUUCCUGGGGAGACGGCCAUUCCAGACGUCCGAGUGCACCAACUUAGCGGAUGCCGAACGAUAUCGCCAUCAAGUGAUCCGCAUCAUCUCGCGCAAAGUGUCGGAAAUUCAAAACGCUUCCCUCGGCGAGCACGUUCUCCGCGACUUGAACGAUCAGAUCAACAAACGCAUCGGAGAAAAGAUCCGAUGGGAGAAGCGCAUCAUCGAACUCGGUGGGGCUACGUACUCUGUUGGGUCGGGCAAAGACGGGUACGACGCGGAGGGCACGUCGUUGAAGCGGGGCGGAUACAAGUACUUUGGGGCGGCGAAGAACCUUCCUGGUGUGCGCGAGCUGUUUGAAAAGCAGGACGCCCCCAAGCCCAAACGUUCUCGGAAGGACAUCUACCAAGGCAUUGAACCAGACUAUUAUGGGCAUCUGGACGAAGACGAUGGCGAACUAGUUCGUGAGGAGGCUGUGGUGGAAGCCAAGCGCAUUCAACAAGCGAUCGACACGUGGAACCAGCAGCAAACCAACAAAGAACAGGCUCAAGCAUAAGCACGAACCUCGCCUAACUUAGUUUGCAUUCGAUAGGUUUCGAUUAACACGAUCAUGUACAUGGAA